AUGGCCACCGCCUCCACCAUGUCCCUGCUCCCCAUCUCGCACCUCAAGCAGCUGCAGCAGCAGCGGCGCACGCGGCUCGCCGGCGCGGGCCCCGGGAAGGUGCUCGUGCUCGGCCGCCGGAGGCGACACGUCGUGCCGGUAAGGGCGCGGCUGUUCGGCCCGGCCAUCUUCGAGGCGUCCAAGCUCAAGGUGCUGUUCGUGGGGAUGGACGAGGAGAAGCACCCGGGCAAGCUGCCCCGGACCUACACGCUCACCCACAGCGACGUGACGGCGCGGCUGACGCUGGCGGUGUCGCACACCAUCCACGCCGCGCAGCUGCAGGGCUGGUACAACCGCCUGCAGCGGGACGAGGUGGUGGCCGAAUGGAAGAAGGUGCAGGGCGCCAUGUCGCUGCACGUCCACUGCCACAUCUCCGGCGGCCACUUCCUGCUCGACCUCAUCGCGCCGCUUCGCUACUACAUCUUCCGCAAGGAGCUCCCCGUGGUUCUGAAGGCGUUCGUGCACGGCGACGGCAGCCUGUUCAGCCAGCACCCGGAGCUGGAGGAGGCCACGGUGUGGGUCUACUUCCACUCCAACAACCCAAACUUCAACCGCGUCGAGUGCUGGGGCCCGCUCCGCGACGCCGCCGCGCCCUACGACGACGAGAACGCCGACGCGGCCGUGCCGCCAACGGCGACGGCCGCGGACGAGAAGGCGAUGGGAUCGGGCCAGCGGCCGCGGCGGUGCCCCGGGCAGUGCGACUGCUGCUUCCCGCCCGAAUGCCUCAUCCCCUGGCCGCACGAGAUCGAAAUGGCCGCCGACGCCGGCCAGGCGCCGCCGCAGUGA